AUGCAACAGAUGCAGCAACUGCAGCAGCAGAUGCAGCAACUGCAGCAACACCAGCAGCAAAGACCAAAUACAUUAUCUCCUACUAGUACCGAUAGUGUACAAUUGCUGCAGCAACAGCAACAGCAGCAGCAAAAACAGCAGCAGCAGCAGCAGCAGCAGCAGCAAGGACCUCCUUCUCUUGCUAGUGCCUUUGGUAGUUUUGCUGCUUCUCCUAUGACACCCCAUGUCUCCCCAAGGCAGAGACCUCAGCUGCUGCUGCAGCAACUGCAGCAGCAACAACAACAACAGCUGCAGCAGCAACGUAGUCAACAACAACAGCAGCGUACCCAACAACAACAGCAGCAGAUGCAGCAGCAACAGCAGCAGCAAAAGAUGCAGUCAACACAAGAACCUUAUCAUGGUGCAUCUCCUCCCUUCUUUACCAAUGAUGAACAGCAGCAGACUUUGCUGCAGCAGCUGCAGCAACAGCAGCAGCAGCAACAGCAGCAGCAGCAACAGCAGCAAGAUGUCCUGGAUAGUAUUGUUGAGUACCAUCGUCGUUGGUUCUUUGAGCAACUGCACUACCAUAGAAAAGUAACAAGGCAGCAGCAGCAGCAGCAGCAGCAGCACCAUGCAGCAGCAGCAGCAGCAGCAAAAAGGAGAUUAUAUGCUGAUAAUAAAUACUUCCUUAGAGGUAGCGGGAGUACUACGUACUGCAGCAGCAGGAGCAGCAGCUGCAGCAGCAGCAGCAGCUACAGCAGCAACGGCAGCAGCAGCAAAGGGAGAUGGUGUGGAUUCUAUCGUUCUAAGGGAUAUAACAGCAGCAGCAGCUGCAGCAGCAGCUGCAGCAGCAACAGCAACAGCAACAGCAGCAGCAACGAGGGUUAUUCUGAUGAUCCAAGUAGCUGCUGCAGCAACAGCCCAUGUGCUGAUAGUGACAGCAGCUGCAGCAGCAGCUGCAGCAGCAGAUACAGCAGCAGCAGCAACAGCAGCAACAGGAUGAGGAAGCUGCGCAUGCAGAGACAGCUGUGGGGCCGAUCUCCUCCUUGUGAUUGUCGUUGCCAUAAGAGUGCAGCAGCAGCAGCAGCAGCAGCAGCAGCAGCAAGAAAAACAUCUCGUGGUGCUGCUGCUGCAGCACGAACAGGAGAAGCAGCAGCAGCAGAUUGUAAAAGUGUAUUUGUUAGUGUACCUGCAGCAACAGCAGCAGCAACUCCUUGGGGAGGAGGAGGAAAGCAGCAGCAGCAGCAGCAGCAGCAGCAGCAGCACCUGCAGCAGCUGCAUGCAAUGCCAUUUUUUGCUGCUUUUCUCCGUGCAACUAGGAGAGUAGCUAGGACUGUAAGGGGCCCACCAGGAGGAGGAGGAGCAGCAGCAAGAGGAGCAGCAGCAGCAGCAGCAGCAGCAGCAGCAGAGGAGGAGGAUCCUGUCUCCUGCUGCUGCAACGGUAUAUGCGAUGUCUGUGCUGUUGGUGUUAACUUGCAGCUGCAGCCCUUCUCUUUCCCGCUGCAGCAGCAGCAGCAGCAGCAGCAGGAUGAUUUUGUUCCGUCUUCUUCUACUGCAUGCAGUAUUAACCCUAUCCCUAAAAAUAGCAGCAGCAGCAGCAGCAACAGCAACAGCAACAGCAGCAGCAGCAGCAGCAUGAGGAGUAAUUGGGGUUAUUGUAGCAAAUGUAUAGAUAAACAUAUAAAUAAAAAAAAGAAGAAAAAAGAAAAAAAAGAAGAAAAAGGAGAAAAAAUAAAUAAAAAAAAAAAGGGGACUGUCUCUGUUGCUGCCUUUGAGCCUAUUGAGGCUCAUGAGGGUUGCUGCAGCAGCAGCAGCAACACAAGUAGUGAUUUAGGUUCCUUACUUAGCAGCAGCAGCAGCAGCAGCAGCAGCAGUGAUGAUGAUAAUCAUAAGAGUAGCAGCAGCAAGAAGAAAGACAAAGAAAACAAAAACAGCAGCAGCAGCAACAGCAGCAGCAGCAACAACAACAACAACGACUGCAGCAUAGUAACAAGUAGUUACUGCAGCAGCAGCAACAGCAGCAGCAGCAGCAGCAACAGCAGCAGCAAUAUACUUCGUCGUGGUGUUCGUGGUAUAGCCCAAGACAGCAGCAGCAGCAGCAGCAGCAGCAGCAGCAGCAGCAGCAGCAGCAGCAUAAUCAUCAUACAAGCAGCACAAGUCACCGCCAUCAUCAUAAUACAUCAUCAGCAUCAGCAGCAACAGCAGCAGCAGCAGGAGGAGGAGCAGCAGCAACAGGAACAGGAGGAGGAGGAGGAGGAGGAGGAGGAGGAGGAAAAGGAACAACAACUGUAUUACAUGAUCGUAUGCCUUGGUGGUUAA